UAGCUGUUGUGUAACCUGAUACAGACUUUUCUUCUUUAGCUAUAAACGUACUUGUAGGCAUUUUCUUCCAAAUCAAACUUGUCUCAUAAACGUAAAAAACUGUUUUUCGCCACUUACAACUUUUUCUAGGUCUUCAACGAAUUUUCCUGCACUUUAAGUAUCUGCAGCAGCUACUUGCACUUUCAUGUUGAAGUCUCACCUCUUCUUAAGCUUUUGAAACCAUCUAAGGCUAACAAUAAACGUCAUAUUUUCCGUUGAUUCUAUUUUCUUGGCUGUAAAAUCUGACCUUCCCCGAAUUCGAUUACGAUGGAGGAAUAUAAGGGAGUGCAUAAGUGUGAAAUUUGAAAAGUGAUGGUCGUAAACCACGGUAUGUCUGUAUGAAUAAUUAAAUACUUAAUAAGACCACCUGUUUAUAAGAAAAAAAAGUUUAUGUUACACUCUGUAUUUAAUCAUCUCUAUUUCCAUACAUUUUUUAGAGCCAAAUAAAAAGCUUUCGGAAAACUUUAAAUUUCUAAGUGGACAUGCGCACAAUGAUACAUCAAUGGGAAUAUAAAGAUAGUACGUUGCGGAUGUGUACCAAUCGACCUGAAAACGUAGAUACAGCGCCAAAUACAAACCUCGGGUAUGACUCUGAAAAUCAAUAAUAAUACGAUGUGUCAAUUUAACACCACGUGAACGGUUUUUUUUCUUAUACACGUCCCAAGUGGUUCGGUGACAUGUAAAGUGUCCUUUUUGUGGCCAAACCCCACAACAGGUACCGUCAAUAAUGCCCAAGAAAAUUAAUUUUAACGUCAUCUUUGCAACCGAUGAAGAUCCAAAAUAUAAAAGCUCUGAAUUAAAUAUACACUCGCCCACAGUGAAAGGAUGGCAGUCGUCAAAAAACUGCGAUUUCCCUCAAGAGAUUGUGGUGCAAUUGGAAAAAAGGUGUGCGUUGGAUAAAGUACAAAUAUUGGCUCAUCAAUACUUAAUUCCGUCUAAAAUAGAAUUAUUUUCAAGUAAUGAAGAUACAAACACAGUGAGCGAUAUCAAUAACGUUUCUUGGGAGUAUUUGGGGUAUAUUACAUUAUCUGAUAAUCAAAGUACAGGGUUUAAGAGUCGCGAAUUAAAAAGUGCUAACGUUCCAAAAUGUAUUGCAUCGUUUGUUAAAUUAAAAUUACAUAAAAAUCAUAAAAACUCAUAUAAUAUUAAUAACCAAGUCAGUUUGAUAGCUAUUAACCUUCUUGGUACCGAAAAUGAAAGCAGAAGAUCUUCAACUUCAGAGAUUACUUUAACUGAAAAACUACAAGAUAUUUUAAACGAUCCUGAAUAUACAUCUCCUUAUGAUGAUUUAGCUUUUGAAAUGUAUGUUGAUACUGAUGUAGUUAAAAUUAUAAGAGAUAUGGAAGUUAAAAAACAUGUGGCUGUGUUAAAUGAACGUUUUGAAUAUGCAAGAAAAUUAAAACAAACAAUGCAAAAUUUAAGAGAUGCUGGUGAAAAGUUGGGUAAAUAUGAAUUAGAGAAGAAACACGCAAUUGAAAUGGAAGAUUACGAUAGAGCUAGAUACAAAAAAAAUCAAAUGGACGAAUACCGAAAUUACGUUUAUCAACAAUUAAACGUUGAACAACUGCUUGAAGAAAAUGGCGUUUGCUCAAAAAAUGACGAAUGUUCAGAUGAACCUGAUUUAACAAGAAACUUAUUAUCACCAACUUCUUUAAAAAUAUCUGAGAAAAGAUGCGCUUCUCCAGCUCCUUCAUCUCAUAUUUUACAAGUUCACGUUUCUCCUCAUCACAUUCCAAGACAUCAAAGUCCCAAAAUGGGAUCACCUAACACUGGAAGUCCAACUAAUUUGCAUUCACGAGGAUCGUUUAGGAGAAGAAAUAAAUCUGCUGGAGCUAUUGUUAAAUCAACAUUUGAGCAGUAUGAAGAAAAACCACUACCUGCAUUAAGACAUUCUCAAACGAACGAAUUUCUUCGCGAAUGCCAAAUAGAUUAUGAUCCAAAACAAAGUUCGAAAUUAACCGAACGUGAAAAGAAACAAGCUGCGUUACCUAUUUUAGUUUUUGGAACGGAUCUUGUCGAGAAAUUUUAUUCUAAACAUUAUUUAGAUAAAGAGGAAGGUUUAAAUAGGCUUAAGGAAGAACUUUUAAGUUAUGAUAAUUCCCGAAUGCACACAGCUAAUAAAACAGGAAGAGCUGCUAUUUUUUUAUUGCAUAGGUCGUUGAGGGAUAAAGUAUUUUCUGUUUAUAGUUUAGCAAAUGAGGUUAUUCGUUUAUAUUUUGUACAAUAUGUACCAGGGAGAGUAUCACCUGCUGAAGUAUCUCGAAGUGUAGAUAAACUUUUACCUGAAUUAUUAACAAAAUCAGGAGAUACAAGUGCAAGAAUUCAUCACAUGGCUGUUCAUACAAUACUAACAAUGGCUGAUUGUAAGAAUGUGAGAGAAUUACACAUAAUUCCUGUACACUUAAGCCGUCCAGUUAACACGAGCACUCAUCCACGAUUAGCUUUAAGUCGAGCUGAAAUGGUUGAACAACUCAUAAUUAACCAUGGCAUAUCAACAGAUAAACAAAGUGGAUUAACUUGUAGAACUUUAUCAGAAUUUGGUUCAAGCGGUUUGCAUCAUCCAGCUGAAGCUGUCCGAAAAGUAGGUGAAAGGAUUUUGGUUCUAGUUUACAAAGUUAAUCCACGUUUGGUAAGAAAACAAUUACCCCCCGAUGAUGAUAUAACAAGAAGAAAUUUGCUUUACCGACAACUCUUUCAUGAAUUUGAUAAAAUUGAUAUUCAAAGAAAAAAAGAAAUGUUAGAUCGAAACCGUUUAAUUCAACAAUGCGUAAAUCAAGAACCAACUCAUUGUACAAGUCCCGAAUUAAAUGAAAAUCACAAUGGAAUACUAAAAUGUCAAAGUUCCAUGAAUAUAUCCAACAUGAACAACGAUCACGAAAUAAACGGCGUAAAUACAUUAACAAAAAGUGUGAGUGGUUCGAAUAUAACUUGCAAUGGAAAGAAAAAUGAACAUGAACAAAGUACUAGUUCAGCGAGCGGAAUUUCAACACCAAGCAACAACUCGCAAAAAGACGAAAAUGACGAGAAACAUUGUAUAUUUUGUAAUCAAUCUGAACCGAGUAUUUUUGCGGUUAGUAAUUCGAUGAAUUCGCAUUAUUGGAGAACAUGCCCUAUGUUGGUUCGUUGUAAGGCUUGUAGCCAAGUUGUUGAAGUAUCCGCGUUAACAGAACACUUACUUAUGGAAUGUGAACAAAAAGAACAAUAUACGCAAUGUUCACAAUGUACAGAAGCAGUAAGAUUGGAUGAGUAUAACUCUCAUAGUGAUGAAUGUUUGGAAUUGGUUGAAGGUUGUAACAGGUGCCCACUAUGUCAUGGAAACAUGGAAGAUGAAGAAAACUCAUGGAGGAAUCAUUUAAUGGGAGAUAAACCAUGUAGUAAAAAUACCCGAAUUAAAAAUUCAUUAAAACAGGUCACUAUUAAAACUUGAUUCGGUUUCAGUUAAGUUUAAAACGAAUUGCACGACGAAAAAUUAACAGAUAUUACUAAUAGAUUAUAGUUAAAGAAGUUUUUAAUGUUUCAUUGUACGUUUUUGAUUAUUCUAAACACCCCAUUUAGAGUGAUGUUAACAUAAAAAAAUAAGAUAGUUUAAAAUUAUUUCAUAUAAAGUUUGUUUAUCACGUGCUGGUGCGAUAUAUUCUAGUGCAAUAUUAUGUGAUAUUAAUUUACACAUUGUUCUCAAUUGAUAUACGUCCAUUGUCAUGUUAUUCUUUAGCUUGAUAUUUCUUAUAUGUAUGAUAUUUAUUAUAAUAAAUUUCACAAUUGGC